UCAUAUGAUGGCAAUUCUGAUGGAAAUAUGGACACUUCCAUAAGGUGAGUUGAUAAUGUCAGGUGAAGGUCAUAAGGAUAGGGUUAGUGGAAUACAUUUUCAACCAAAAGGCAGUCACCUUGUUACUUCAUCUGGUGAUUGUACUAUUAAAGUUUGGGAUUUAUUAAUGCAUCUUGUAAUCAUACUCUUAAAGAUCAUAUAUAGUCAGUAUAAGGUGUUAAAUUUAAUAAUACUGGUGAUUUUAUAGUCAGUGUAAUUAUGGAUCAUACAUGCAAAGUAUUCAGGUAAAACUAGACAUUCUUUUAGAGAACAUGCACAAUAUAUAUUAUAUAUUAGGUUGAUCCAGUUCAUCAUGUUAGCUUUUAACCUUUUUCUAAUGUUUUUACAUCAGCUUCUGUAGAUAAAACCAUUUCUCUAUGGGGUAUUAAAAGUGGAUUAUGUGUUUAAACAUUCCAUGGUCAUUUAAAUAGUGUAAAUCGUGCAACUUUUUCUUUAAAAGGAGAUAGUAUUUGCUAGGUGUGAUCCUGAUGGAAUUAUCAAAAUGUGGGAUGUUAGAAUGGUCAAAGGUAGAUCUUAAUUUGAUGUGGGACCUUAUUCUGCUAAUGCUGUUGCCUUAGAUAAAAGUGAAACUAUCUUGCUUAUUGGAUCUGAUGAUCAAUAAGUUAGACUAUAUAACGAAACUACCUAAAAGGUUAUUUCAAUCACAUUAUUUUUAUUAAGAACAUACACUCAAAGGACUUGAAGAUGCAGUUUAAGAUGUUGCUCUUGAUUUUAAUAGCAAAAUGAUUAUAAGUUGUGGAAGUGAUGCU